AGAGAAUAUCCUAAUCAUCAAGGAAAAAAUGGAGACAAGUAAUGGUCCCCUUCCUCUCAAUAUCUAUCAUGUCCAAAAGCUUUUGCUUAUCAUCAAUAGAUUACACAUGUUCCUUCAUUCCACAGCUUUAGGCUUCUUGUUCUAUUACAGAGUGUGCUUUCUUUUCCAAGACACAGUAACCAGGGGAAGCCAUUUAUUACCAUGGCUUCUUGUUUUUGCUUCAGAAAUCAUUCUCUCUUUCAUUUGGUUCGUCGGACAAGCUUUUCGAUGGCGCCCCAUUUCACGGUCUGUAUUCCCAGAAAGACUGCCAGAGGAUGACAAGCUUCCUGCUAUUGAUGUUUUCAUAUGCACUGCAGACCCAAUUAAGGAACCCACUUUAGAGGUGAUGAAUACUGUUUUAUCAUCCAUGGCACUUGAUUAUCCUCAAGACAAGCUUCAUGUGUAUCUUUCAGAUGAUGGAUGCUCCCCUAUUACACUGCAUGGUUUGAGGAAAGCUUUUGAGUUUGCAAAGUGGUGGCUUCCUUUCUGCAGAAGGUACAGAGUCAAGAACAGGUGUCCCAAGGCUUAUUUUUCUGGUUUGGAGAAUGAUGAUUGUGAUUUUGCAAAGAGUAGUGUUUACAUGGCAGAUAAGCAAAAGAUUAAGGGAAAGUAUGAUGCUUUUAAAGAAGAGAUUGAGACAUUCAGAAAAGCUAGUGCCUUUUCCGGAGAUUGUACCAAUGUUAGAGAUCACUCAUCUGUCAUUGAGGUGAUGCAAGAAAAUGAUGAUGUGGAUAAUGUCAAAAUGCCUCUCCUAGUCUACGUUUCUCGAGAGAAAAAGCCUUCUAAUCCCCACCAUUUCAAGGCUGGAGCUCUCAAUGUCCUUCUUCGCGUAUCUGCUGUGAUGAGUAAUUCUCCAUACAUCCUAGUUCUAGAUUGUGACAUGUUCUGCAAUGAUCCAACUUCAGCUCGAUAUGCCAUGUGUUUUCACCUUGAUCCGAAGUUAUCGUCCUCCUUGUCUUUUGUUCAAUUUCCUCAGAGAUUUCAUAACAUUAGCAAGAAUGACAUCUAUGACAGUCAGCUCAGAUCAAUAUUUACACUACAAUGGCAAGGUAUUGACGGGCUUAGCGGACCUGUGAUGUCAGGAACAGGCUUUUAUAUAAAAAGGGUAUCACUGUAUGGAAUUCGCGCCAACGAAGGAGGGACUGAUUUGCUGCAACAUCAAGAAUAUUUUGGUUCAUCUAAUGAAUUCAUCAAAUCACUUACUCAAAACUACACAAGUGUUUUCCCGUCGAGCCGGAAUACAUUGCUCAAAGAAUGCCAUUUGUUGGCUUCUUGUAGAUAUGAUGUUGGCACUAAAUGGGGACAAUAUGUUGGUUUCUUAUAUGAUAGUGUAGUAGAAGACUUCCUGACUGGAUUUAUCUUGCAUUGUAAUGGAUGGACUUCGGUUUUCAGCAAUCCAUCUAAGCCGCAUUUCCUUGGUACAGCUACGACAACUUUGAAUGAUGUACUAAUCCAAGGCACUAGAUGGUACAGUGGUUUGUUUGAAAAUGGUAUAAGUAAAUUUUGUCCCCUUAUAUAUGGGACUAAAAGGAUGCCAUUACUCCAAAGUCUAUGUUUUGUAGAAAUCACAUAUCUCCCUCUUUAUUGCUUGCCUCUUUGGUGUUUUGCUAUCAUCCCUCAGCUCUGUCUGUUAAAUGGAGUAAACUUGUAUCCCAAGGUUUCAGAUCCAUUUUUCAUUAUCUUUGUAUUCAUCUUUGUAUCAUCUCUUUCAAAACAUUUACUAGAAGUCUUCCUAACUGGGGGAACACUACAGAAGUGGAUCAAUGAGCAGAGAAUCUGGAUGAUAAGAUCAACUACUAGCCAUCUAUAUGGAUGUUUGGAUGCUUUAUUGAAGAAAGUUGGUUUAAGAGAAGCUAGUUUCUUGCCUACUAAUAAAGCAGAGGAUGAUGAACAAACUAAGCUAUACCAAUUAGAUAAAUACGAUUUCCGAACAUCGAAUAUCUUUAUAGUUCCAAUUCUUGUCCUGCUCACAGUCAACAUAUUUUGCUUUGUAGUUGGAGUCUAUAGAGUGAUAAUUGCUGGUGAUUGGGACAAAAUGUUCAUGCAGCUUGCUCUUGCAGGUUUUAUCAUUAUAGUCAACUACCCUAUCAUUGAAGGGUUGGUGAUAAGGAAGGACAAGGGACGCAUUUCACAGUCAGUAGCUACACGUGUUAUCUUGGCCACUAUGAUUCUUUUGGCAUCGAUGAACUGUUAUAAAAUGCAUAAUAUGCCGUGAAGCUAUGUACUGCUAUACAUUUAUUUGAUUUAUGCUUAAAGUCCUCCCUAAUGUGUUCAGCAAUUUUUUUCCUCCUACAGUAUCGUAAAUUUGCUAGACAAAUUGAUUCGAUUGUGCAUUUUGAAAUUAACUAAUUUUGUCCUCAUCUCUUGCAAUGGACAAUUUAGCA